GGGCAUAAUUAAUCCGAUUAGUGCCUUUGCUGCCUGUGGGAUGAGCAAGGAAGCCUGGAAAGAAGCUGUUGCUUUGGUAGGGUGUGGCCUGCGGUUCAACAUGGGAGACUGUCUUGGCUGCAUACUUUUAAAGUCACUUGAGAUGUCACUGUGCACCAUUAACGAUGGUGACACGAUAGUGAGCCUGUUCUCAGAGGACAAUUUUCUCUUAGAAGUUUGAAGGCUUACUCACAAGGUCACCUCUUCUGUGUACCUAGUGAGGAGAAGAGGGCAUUCUCCUGCUGUUUGUUCCUGUCUGAUGUAAAUUAUUAUUUGGCCCAUCCCCUUUAAAAUGUGCUGAUAAAAGAGGGGAAUCAGAGGUGGCUUAGAAAUUCCUUCAACAGAGCAGGUCUGUAGAGGGACAUUGCUCUUGUUGAUGCUGACGCUUCUGUGUUCUGCCCGCCAUAGAGUAAGCUUUUACUUUGGAAAUAAAGGCAGUGUGGGCAAGACUUUCUUUUCUGGCAGACUUAUCGGAAUACAUUUUAGAGUUGUUACUUGUUUGCCUGUUGUCUUGGAAGCUGUGCUCCUUCAGAUAUUCCUUAAUUACUAUUUUAUUUCAUUUUGGUACAGUAGAAAGGGAUUAAGAGAGCCUACUGGAGCCCAUCUUACUAUGUCAACAGCCUGAGGUGGUGUCUCUAACUUCUUGAGAGUUCUGCAAGCAUCAGCUAUAUGUGGCUACCUUGGCAGCUACUAGUAUUAUUAGCCUAAUUCAUUCAUCUUUUUCAUAGUGAAGGUAGAGCGUUCUGCUUUUAGAAAGUGGGGACACUUUUUAUUGAAAGAAAAAAGAGAGGAGCUAAGAUGUAUUACUGUAUCUCCUCCCUGCUGUCUUCAACAGAAGGUGCUGCUCUGUUGAUUAGGAUGUGGGAUUGCCAAGGGGUACUGAGGCAUCUGUGUUGCAUAUAGAGUAGUAAAUAAUUUUGGUCUCUUGCUCCAUUUCCAGGCUGUAACUUCUGAUCUCUUAAUGUUUUGGGCCUGGAUUAGAAUUUAUCACAUGAGAUUAAAAGAUUUUUGCAAACUGAUUAUUCUUUUCAUGCUUAGUUUGCCGGGAUCUCAAGCUGUCCUUCCUUUCGGACCUCUCAAAGUCAAAGUGGCAACGGGGUUUCAUGUAAUUCCUUCUUGCAGUAGUAUGGAUUGUUUAAGUUCUUGUUAAUAUUUAUAUGUGCCAUUUCGGGGGUUUCCUUGGUGCCGUUUCCUCUGCAGAAGGCUUUGUCUCCGGACUGAGACUCGUGCGGCCUGAAAAUGGCUCUCCUUGCUCUCUCAGAAAUUCUGGCUGUUCGCUUCUUCGGUGUUAAAAUGUUCUUAUUUGAACUUUGUCAGGUCUUGGUGACGUAACAAAACUUGUUUUGUAGUUCAGUAGUUCCUUAAACCAGGUUUGAAAAGGCAAGGCUUCUCUUCUUUUCCGUUCUCUUAAUCCUGUGUUUUUCUGGUUAUCAAGUUAAAUCUGAAGGAGAUUCCUUCCAGAGCUGACCUCUUUCUCAGUUGGCUUGAGGUGUGGGAUCUGCUUCUGGUUACUGUAAUCCUGAAAAUAAGCCUUCUUGAACUCUGACUAGUAUGUUUUUAAAAAAAAAAAAAAAUCACUCCCCCCUCCCUUUUCUUCCUUUUGUAAGGAAGCCUCAAAAUACUUGAGGGUGGGGUGGUGGUUGAUAGUUUUUUUUAAUCUGCUUAUUUACCCUUUUAUCUCCACUAAAUUAGGCUAAGCAAACAAGUCUAGUCAGUUUUUCUUCCUUCUUCUGACCUGAGCCAGCAUGGAUACUUGGUGGUGCUGCUGGGAUUCCCGGUUUUUCAGGGGAAGACUGGCACCUCAUGUUUGUACUCCAUCCCCACCCCCAAAUAGUUGGCAGACGAUAUAAACAUUGGUCUGACUACUCCAUCAGAGCAUCCCUGAAGCCCAUUUUAGGAAGACGGUUGAACAUGGUGUGUUUGCUUGAGCAAGAUGAGGGCAAUUGAAGAGUGAACAGCCUCUGACUAAGCUGCCAAUUAAAAACUGGAUAUUCUGCUUCCCCCUGGAGAGGUCUGCUUGGAGCCAAAUCUUGUCUAUGUGUUUGUCACUCUGUCUCUUUUAAUACACUGCCCUGAUUUGCUUGCUGUGAAGGGAGUAUGCAUCUGGAGAUCAAAGUUGCUCUUAACUUCAUCAUCUCAUACCUGUACAACAAGCUUCCUCGGAGGCGGGCAGACCUGUUUGGUGAAGAGCUAGAGCGCCUGCUGAAGAAGAAAUAUGAGGGUCACUGGUACCCAGAGAAACCUCUGAAGGGAUCGGGCUAUCGCUGUGUCCAUAUAGGGGAGACCGUGGAUCCGGUGGUGGAGCUGGCGGCCAAGCGGAGUGGGCUGGCCGUGGAGGAUGUGCGUGCCAAUGUGCCAGAAGAGCUGAGUGUCUGGAUCGAUCCUUUUGAGGUUUCCUACCAGAUUGGCGAGAAGGGCUCUGUUAAGGUCCUGUACCUGGAUGACAGCGAAGGCUGCAGCGCAGCAGAGCUGGACAAAGAAAUCAAGAGCAGCUUCAACCCUGAUGCCCAGGUAUUUGUCCCUAUUGGCAGCCAGGACAACUCGCUGUCCAACUCUCCGUCCCCUUCCUUUGGCCAGUCGCCUAGCCCCACCUUCAUCCCUCGCUCUGCCCAGCCCAUCACUUUCACCACUGCCACGUUUGCUGCCACAAAGUUCGGCUCUACCAAGAUGAAGAAGGGUGGAGGAGCUGGAGGAGGGGGUGGUGGAGCGGGGGCUACCCAGCAGCCGAGGAUGGUCAGAUCUCCCACCAACAGCCUGCUGAAGCACAAGGGCCUCUCCCUGUCUAUGCACUCUCUGAACUUCAUCGGGAGCGCUGGGAGCCAAGCCCCACAGUCGCAGCUCUCCCCCAACGCCAAGGAGUUCGUUUACAGCGGUGGGUCACCAGGAGCCAGUAGCCUGUUCUUCGAUGGUGUUGGCAGUGAGAGUCAGGCCAGCAACAUCCCACCGGCAUCGCAGUUCAACACCGGCACCGGUGGUACCUUUGAUAUGGCUCAGGUCUUCGGUGGCAGCACCAACAGCCUCUUUUUGGAGAAGUCUCCCUUUGUGGAAGGACUCAGCUACAACCUGAAUGCCAUGCAGGAUCCCAGCCCUGGAGGGAAGCUGCAGAAGAACAGCACUUUGAACCAAGUGACUCUGGUUAUAAUCCCCUUCUGCGUGUGA